CGGACAGGCGAAAACCACAGGCAGCAAAGAGCUCAAGCGGGACUCGAGUUGGCCAUGGCGAAGCGACGCAACGAGAACGGCCAGAUGCGCCGUGAGGAGUACGAGGCUGCAGACGACGACGUGAGCGCCGACUCGUUCGAGAUCGGCUUCCAGCGCGCCAGUGACGAGUCCAUUCGCAAGCGCAAAAUCGUUAAGGCGCGCGUCGGCAGCCGUCCCCCGGUGGCCAAGCCCAAGGCGGCAGCUACUGAAGAUGAUGCGGCCAAAAGCAACCCGUUUGGAGGGUUCCAGGGACUCACUGCGGCCAAACCCGCUGCUUCGUCCAACCCGUUCGCGGGAUUUUCGGGUCUUACAGGCGCAGCCAAGCCCGCUGCUGAGGUGACUACUGUAGCCAGCAGUGGCUCGAGUGCUGCGGCGUCUGGAUCAUACCAGCAGGCGAUUGAGGGGCUCAACAAGGAGUUCCUAGCCUUCGUGAAUAGUCAGGCGCAGAAGAACCCGAGCGCGAGCUGGGUGGGGGCAGUUCAGGAUUAUUUGAAGUAUGCGAGCGAAAUCGCUACGAAACACGCUUCCACCAAGCCCGUUGCCAUCAACGAGACCAAGCUCGCUGCACCUGCUCCAUUUUCGUUUGGUACGACUCCAGCUCCUGCUGCGCCACCGAGUUCGUCCUUCUCUUUUGCUGCCAAGAAGGCCGAUGAACCGGCGAAACCUUCCGCUACCAGUGGCUUUUCGUUCGGUGCUGCGUCCAAGAAAAACGAUGAGGCCGCGAAGACUUCCAGCGGUGGAUUUUCAUUCGGUGGCUCUGCUAAGAAAGACGACGAACCAACCAAGUCUCCAGCGAAAGCUGCUACUGGAGGGUUUUCUUUUAGUGGCGGCGGUAGCUCGCUGUUCUCUUCAAAGUCGUCGGACACAGAAGAGAAAACCACGCCUGCGUUCUCGUUCGGAGGUCUGCCCAGACCGGCGGCUUCUGCAACGUCCUCUACCCCCGCCACUGGUGGGUUUUCAUUCGGCAACCUGACUGCUCCCAAGAGCGCAGCACCAGCCCCGACUGGUGGCUUCAGUUUCGGAGCUUCGGCACCUGCUGCGACUUCCGCAUCGACUGCUGCUGCUGUUGAAGACGAGGAGAACAUUGGACGUGAGGAGGCGACUGUCAUUAUCAAGGCUGAUUCCCCCGAUGAUGACUGCACGUUUGAAGCUGACAAGGCCAAGAUCUUUGAGUUCAAGAAGGACGAGAAGCGUUGGGCAGACAAGGGCGUGCACCCGCUUAAGGUACUCGUCAGCCAGGAGACCAAGAGCGCGCGGAUCCUGGUCCGCAACGAAAUUGGCAAGAUCGUGCUGAAUUCGGCGCUGUACAAGGGCAUGGCCAUCCGUCCGCACGAAGCGAAGGGCAAGAAGACAGGCGUGACACUCGCAUUGCAGGUCGAAGGCGGCGAAAUGACCCAGUUCCUGCUGAAGGUGAACGCCGCGAGAGUAGACGAGCUCAUCAAGGCGCUCGAGACGGCUGCUGGCUCGUCCUAAUGUGUCAAAGACGUUUAAACCACCUCGUAUGGAUGCGUUAAUGCACUCACAGUUGUCAUCCUGGCGAUGUCCUCCUGAUGUAGCCAUCUAUCAUAAACCUCCGUAAACGUAUAUUUAUGCACCAUUUGUAUUAUGUAU